GAGACAGAGAGAUAGAGGGAUAGAGAGAGAGAGAGAGAAGAGAGAGACAGGGCACAGGUUCAGUUCGUUUCGUACCUCGUCUUCCCAUACAGAACCCCGACAUCCCGCCUACCGAGGGCUCCGGGAGAAAGAUUAUCUCAGCCGUUGUGGAUAGACCCUUGCAUCUCUUCCCCUUGCCGCCAUGCUUCAAUCGUCAUCGGAGCGGGCCGUAGCCCAUCCGAAGCGCAGGUACACGUCCAAAGCAUGCGAGGAGUGUCGGCGCCGAAGAGCCAAGUGUGAUGGACAACGACCUGCCUGCACCCGGUGCUCGGAGCGCUCUAUCAACUGCCUUUACAGGAGUGAGGAGGAUGGCCGCAAGCCUGCCUCGAAGUCCUAUGUACAGCUGCUGAGGAGCAGGAUCGACUUGCUUGAAGCGGUGCUUCAGUCCCGCGCCAUCGACAUCGAGGCGUCCGUUGCCCAACUCUCCACCACGGGGGCGAUGCCCCAGUUGCCCUCCAUCGCCAACCCCUUGGGAGGCGGCGGUGAUGCCGGCCUGAGCCCUUCAGCAUUCGAUGAUCUUUGUGCGACGUUUGAAGGAGCUCUUUCUCUGGAUGAAGCCGUCAACUAUGACCAAGAUGGCGAGAUGCGAUACUUCGGACCAUCGAGUGGCCGCUUGGAGUUCCAAAGCGAGUCUACACCUAACAACGACGAUCAUGGAAGCAGCCCCGCAACCACCAAGUCUGUCGAUACGAAUCGCUUCAUCCUGCCGCUGGAAGCCGAGGUCUAUCCCGAAGACCUCCAGACCGAGUUGAUCGACCUGUUCUUUGAGUAUCAGAGCCCCUGGUGUCAGGUAGUCAACGAAAGGCUAUUCAGAGAAAGCAUGAAGACGCAAGGCCGCUUCUACAGCCCGCUACUGCUCAACUGCAUCCUUGCUCUGGGGUCGCGCUACUCAGACAGGAUCGACACCCGGUCGGAUCCUACCGACCAGAACACGGCGGGGAAACCGUUCAUGCAGAAGGCCGAAGUACUCUUGCACUACGACAUGAAGCAUCCAACCAUCACCACUCUCCAGUCAAUGUCCAUCCUGGUUGGCGUCUACGUGUCGUAUGGUUGCGAUGCAGCCGGAUGGCUGCACCAGGGAAUGGCAAAUCGACUCGCCCUCGACAUGGGGCUGAACCUCGAUGCCGCAUCUUUGGCCGGCACGUGUCACAUGUCGCCUGAAGAGAUAGAGUUGCGACGGCAGGUGUAUUGGUCACUGUAUUGUGAUGACAAGCUCGCGGCCAUCUACACUGGGCGAGUCUGUAGCCUUUUGGAUGUCCAGGGUGCGGUGAAUCUUCCCUCGCCACUCACGCCGGAGCAGAUAAGCAGCGGAUCCAACGAUACGACCGAAAUGGAACGAUGCAACAAGAAGAUCCUCGUGCAUCGUGGGCUGAUUGGACUCUGCCGCAUCUUGGAAAACAUUCUGCUUGCUCUGUACGCCCCAAAACCACUGUACAAAGGACCGCAGAGGAUAUCGUUUCUUCAAUCCUGCACUCUAGAGCUGAAGACGUGGUUCUACGAGCUCCCAGCCGACCUCCGGAUCGACAAGCACAACGACAUGCCGCAGGUCUACACCCUGCACAUGGUCUACCACACCUGCUGCAUUCUCCUCUUCAAGCCGUUCCUCAUCAAGCCGAAAGAUGCGCCUGUGGUACCCAAGACGGAGACUGCCAAGCGCGCUGAGGAGUUUUGCAUCGAGUCGGCGAAAAGGAUAUGUCACGCCGGGAAAAAGUAUCGCCAGGUCUUUGGGAGCUUCCGCAGGAGCCCGAUCUCGGCCACGCACUGCAUACUCACCGCGACGCUUGUUCUGAUCCAGUAUGCGAGUCCCGACCCGGACUUUGCAAACACGGGCAGACCGUGUUGCACCUUGUACAUCGAGGCGUGCCUGGAGAUCUUGAAGGAGCUGUCCACCUCAUGGAAGCCUGCUUGCAGGAUGAGAGUCGACCUCAUCAAAUACCUGUACCAAAAGUACCCAGAGAGGAUCCCGAACUCCCUGCUCCAUGACGAGCGGAGGAACACGGCAGUGGCACCCGAGAAGGGCGUGGAGAUCCUCGCGGCGCAACCGCAGGAAAGCCUCGAGCAGAACCUGUGUCCGCUGAUGAACAUGGUCGACCAGAACUUUGCGUGGGACGGUGUAGGCCAAGGCUUUCAGGGCUUCAGCGGCGGCGGUUCGGAAUCCGCCUUCAAUACGCAGUUCGCCCUCGCAGAUUCCAUCAUGAACGGCGGCGGACAGGACGGGACGACUUUCAUGGACGAUGCUUUUUGGUCAGGGGUGAACUUUGACUUCAACUACGAUCCCCAGACAUAGCCAUAGCCGCCCAGGGACAACGUCUUGUAUGUAUCACUGGGAAAUCGAACGCCAGCCAAAAGCCUAUCCGCCAGUGUGCCAGUUCUGUUCCCAUUCCUCCUUGUGAGCGCGAGCGGAGUAUCACAUCCGUAUAAGUAGCCGGGUGUGGUACUUUUCACGGUGUGGUCUGAGAGAGAAAAACGCCCGGGCCAUUCAUGAACAAGUACCGGUAUCUUUUACACUAGGUAUGUUGUAAGGAAAGGAUGCUGACGAAUGACCUAGUUCCAAGGCCAGUGAAGAGGAGGAAAAACCAACGCCGUCUCUCAUAAAACCCAUCAAGCUUGUCUAAUACCGUCGUCUUCUUUGCUGCUCCACGCUCUCAACCACCACUUCCAAUCCCGAUCUCAUGGAGCCAGCUGCUCAUCCCAUUCGCAUUGUAAAACCACCUGUCAUUUCU